ACAGUCUCACUUGUCUUCCUCCAGUCUUCAUCAGUGCACCUGCGUCACGGUGUGUUUCGUCUACGGUGACCCGCAACGCGGACGAACGCGCUCACCUUUUAGCGACCCUGCUCCGAACCGACUUGGACAACAAUGCACCAGCGCCCCGUCCUCUUUGCCGGAUAAGGACCGCGUUGGAAGGGAGCACGGACGGACGGACGCACGGAGGGAGGAAGCAAAGCUGCAGCUGGUGGUGAUUAGUCGGCCGGGGCGAGGAACCGAGCACCACUGGAGCAACGAGCGGCCCCGGAAGGUGUGCGACGGGAAUACGCCCCCGAAUGUAAUUUGUCUGUGAUGAGCAUCGCCGUCAUCCAGCAGAGACUGAAGGCCUGCUGUUGAUAUUCCUUCUGAGAGGACGAGGAAGUGAUGUCACGCCACCACCACCGCUUCGAACGGGACUACCGAGCACCGUGGGAGCGGCGCGACAUCCGCCUGUCGGGCCUCCACAAUGGGGGAGCCAAUCAGAGUUGUGCCUCUGCCGUCGUCAACGGCAACAACCGCCCGGGGCUCCUUCCCCUCCCCAUCAUUCCCUCACUGCUCCCCACGCCAACCGCCGUCGUCGUGACGACAGCGGGCGGCGAGGUGGCGGCCAAGCGAGGCAUCGCAGCGGCGGGCUCGGUCACCUCAGCAUCGACCAAGGUGUCUCCUGGGGACAACCAAAGCUCCGGCCUGUUGCUCGCUCCAGGCGUGAGGUGGGGACAGACGCCCAUCAAUCAGCUCACCCCCUGGGACACGGACGAGCCACCCAGCAAGCUGCAUCGAGAUGGCGAGGCUACGGUUCCCGCCUGGGUGGCGCCGGUCACCACCGUCAGCCAGCCCAGCCUCCUGCCUCACACCUACGCCCUCCCGCAUCCGCCCUCCUACAACCACAGCGUGACGGCGCAGUCGCCCCACCCGGGCCUCAUCCAGCUCAGCAAUGGACAGGGGGCCGCCGCCCAUGUUCCGGUCGCCGCGAACGCCCCUCCGGCCGCCAGCGACAAUCAAGAGGGUCCGAACGGGCUGCAGAUGCUACGGACUGUCGGCAUGGGGAAGUACGAGUUCAGCGAUCCGGGACAUCCCAAAGAGAUGUUGAAGGAGCUCAACCAGCAGCGGCGAGCGAAAGAGUUUACAGACCUGAAAAUAAUUGUUGAAGGCAAAGAGUUUGAAGUCCACCAAAAUGUUCUAGCUUCCUGCAGCUUGUAUUUCAAGGACCUGGUCAAAAGGUCGUUGGGGGAGACGCGCAAUGGCGAGAUGCUGAAGCUGAGCAUGAGCAACAUCGGCGCCGAAGUUCUGGAGCAGCUGCUGGAGUUUGUCUACACGGGCUCGCUGGUCAUCGAUUCGGCCAACGCCAAGACGCUCUUGGAAGCCGCCAAUAAGUUCCAGUUCAACACCUUCUGCAAAGUUUGCGUCUCUUUCCUAGAGAAACAGCUGACGGCGGCAAACUGCCUGGGAGUGCUGGCAAUGGCCGAGGCGAUGACUUGCACAGAGCUGCACAACAUGGCCAAAGCCUUUGCGCUGCAGAACUUCCCAGAGGUGGCGGGACAGGAGGAGAUCCUGAGCGUGUCCAAGGAGGACCUGGUGGCCUACCUGUCCAACGAUAGCCUCAACACCAAAGCCGAGGAAUUGGUGUACGAGACGGUAAUCAAAUGGAUCAAACGCGACUCCGCCUCCAGAGUUCAGCACCUCUCCGAUCUGCUGGCGUCGGUGCGACUGCCCUUCAUCCACCCGUCCUACCUGCUCAACGUGGUCGACAACGAGGAGCUGAUCAAGUCGUCGGAGGCGUGCCGCGACCUCGUCAACGAGGCCAAGCGCUACCACAUGCUGCCGCACGCGCGCCAGGAGAUGCAGACGCCACGCACCAGACCGAGGCUCUCUGCAGGCGUGGCGGAGGUGAUCGUCCUGGUGGGGGGGCGCCAAGCCAUCGGGAUGAACCAGCGCUGCUUGACGGCGGUCACCUGCUUCAACCCGCAGAACAGCAAGUGGUACCCGCUGGCCAGCCUUCCUUUCUACGACCGCGAGUUCUUCAGCGUCAUCUCGGCCGGCGACAACAUCUACCUAUCCGGAGGCACAGAGUCAGGGGUGAUGCUGUCUGACGUAUGGUGCUACAUGUCCCUGCUGGACAACUGGAACUUGGUGUCGCGCAUGACGGUGGCCCGCUGCCGACACAACAGCCUGGUCUAUGACGGCAAACUCUACGCCAUCGGAGGCCUGGGCAUCUCUGGGAAUUUGGACCACGUGGAGAGGUACGACACCAUCACCAACCAGUGGGAGACGGUGGCGCCGUUACCCAAGCCGGUGCACUCGGCGGCGGCCACGGUGUGCGGCGGAAAAGUGUACGUUUUUGGCGGCGUCAAUGAGGCGGGACGAUCGGCCGGCGUGCUCCAGUCCUACGUGCCGCAGAGCGACGCCUGGAGCUUCAUCGAGUCGCCCAUGAUCGACAACAAGUACGCUCCGGCGGUGAGUCUGGGCGGCCUGGUGUACAUUCUGGGCGGAGCUUACGCGCGAGCCACCACCAUCUACGACCCAGACAAAGGCAACAUCAAGGCUGGGCCCAACAUGAAUCACUCCAGACAGUUCUGCAGCGCCGUGAUCCUGGACGGUAAGAUCUAUGCCACAGGUGGCAUCGUGAGCAGUGAGGGUCCGGCGCUGGGCAACAUGGAAACGUUCGAACCCUGCGGCAACAUGUGGACGCUGCUGCAGUCGCUACCCUGCCCGCUCUUCAGACACGGCUGCGUGGUCAUCAAGAAGUACAUUCAGAGUGGAUGAGGCCGGGCGGACUCCAAUUCACCACUUACGCAGUGCCAAAAAAUACCCACCAGCCGGGACUCCGCUCACCCCAGCAUGGGAUCCUUUGGAACCGGCCACUCCUUCCCUGUGCAGAAUGUACUUCAUGCGCAACCGCUCAACCAUGAGGUUGUCGGUCUUCCCAUCAAUACGUGCAGGAAUUCUCCUCGUAAACUUCUGAAGUUUUGUCCAGUCAUUUUUAUUUAUUUUCUACACUCGCGAUCUCUUCAGGAUGAGAGCCACUGGACUUCCAAAGAGCAGAUCCAUGAGGACUAAUGUGGUGGUCAUCCUGAAUAUUUCUUCCCAACUACCCGCUGAGGAAAAAAAGCACAAUAACCACCCAUGCUUUUGUCAUAUUGUUUUUCUUGUUGGUUUUUCUAUACAUGUGGUCUUGUUUUUAAGCCACCUGUUCAGUAUAGGCGAGCUUCUGUAAAUACCAGCAAGGAUAAAUAUGUAUAUUUUACAACCACACGGCAAUUGUGUAUAACUGUUUUUAGGAAAUUAAAGGAUAAACAAAAUGUUAGGACGAAUUAAAAAAAAAAAAGUGGUACGUCUGUAAAUCUGUAUUCAGAAAUUAACACUUGUUAUUACGGAAACCUAAUACAUAUACCCCCAAAAUAUGAA